AUGGCUGCCGAAGAUAACACAUCUGAACGUAUUCUGCGAGACAUCAAGGCAGAAUUGGCCAGCACACCAUACAACUUCGGUUCUGCUCGACUGCUCACUGGAGGAACAGCGAAUUUCAUCUACCAGGCGCGCCUAAAUCAACCUCUUCCUGACGGGACGUUGGAAGUGGCCAUCAAGCACGGCGAAGGAUUCGUCCGCCAAAGCCCAGACUUCAAGCUCACUACCUCCCCUUGCCGCAUCGAGGAGUCUUGUCUUAAGUGCCUAGCGGCGUUUCCGCCGUACAUAAACUCGGAUGUCUCAGUAACCACACCGAAGUUAUUCUACUUCAACAGAGACACCAACACGCAAGUGCAAGAGUACCAGCCAACCCCGCUCAGCCUCAAGCUCUACGCGAUUGAGCACUUUGCACUCUUGGAACCCGCAUUAGUAAGAGCUCAAUGUCUCGAGAUUGGUCUGGGAAUUGGCCAAUGGCUCCGACGAUUCCACGACUGGAGCAACUCGCCGGCACAAUCCAACUUGCGUGAGAUUGCUUUGGCGAACAAGGACAUGCAGUCUAUCAAGCACUGGGCCAACUACCAGCAGCUUCCGAACGCGAUGAAAAGACAUCCGACGGUGUUUCGUGGUUGUGGGGACAUCUUCAAUGCCAUCGUGGGAAAGUCGACCGAGGAGUUGGUAGACCAGAAAAGUCUCCAGGUCAUCCACGGGGACUUCUGGACGGGAAAGUGCGUGAUCUGGGUCAAACUUGUCAGCAGCAUGCACUAA